AUGGGAUACUUAAAAGUGACAAAACAUUUCGGUUUACCUAAGCGUAGCCUAGAACUUUAUGUCAAGAAAGAUGCCAAUCCAGAAGUACUUGUCAAGGUUCAUAUGGGAAGAGCUCCAGCUUUGCCUGAUCAUUUAGAAGCAGAGCUAGAAAAAUAUUGUAAAGAAUUAGACCAACAAUUUUAUGGGUUACGUCUAAAGGACAUCAAGCACAUGGCGUUUCGAUUCGCAAUUAAAAAUUAUCUUAAGCACCUCUUCAGCUUGACUAAAGAAUGUGCUGGUAAAAAGUGGCUACGUGGGUUUAUGAGCAGACAUCCUGAUUUAUCAGUUAGAACACUCUGA